CGCUUCCCUAACCGCAGUUGUGUGACCGCGUUCGGCGGGUGAGCUCGGUAGUCGGUAGUCGGAAAGUAAGACAGUGUUCCACUGUCAUUGGGUUUCGGUCGGAGAAGCUAAAAUAACUAGCUUAAAUAACUUUCGAAAGCCACUAGAUUUGUGUGCCCCAGUGCCGCGAAUAGUAACAGUUCGUAAAUUAGUCGCAACUGGUGACAGUGCCCAGUAAUUCCCGAUCCAGAUAAGGGCAAGUGUGUUCCGGGAAAGUGUGUUUUGUGUGUGGUGUGUUGGGUGUGUUGGGUGGGUGUUAAAACAACCAUGAGGAGGUGUCGCAACAACCCGAUCGCAAUCGUCAUUGCCCCGAUCUUGAUUUGUGCUUCGCUGGUCUUGGCCCAAGAUUUUGGCUACGAGGGCAGACAUGGACCAGAGCACUGGAGCGAAGACUUCGCCCGCUGCAGUGGAAAGCACCAGAGUCCCAUUAACAUUGAUCAGGUCAGCGCCGUGGAGAAGAAGUUUCCCACGCUGGAAUUCUUCAACUUCAAGGUGGUGCCCGAGAACCUACAGAUGACGAACAAUGGUCACACGGUGCUGGUGAAGAUGACAUACAACGAGGACGAGAUCCCCAGUGUGCGCGGCGGUCCGCUGGCGGAGAAGACUCCCUUGGGCUACCAGUUCGAGCAGUUCCACUUCCACUGGGGCGAGAACGACACUAUUGGCAGCGAGGAUCUGAUCAAUAAUCGUGCCUAUCCCGCCGAGCUGCACGUGGUAUUGAGGAAUCUGGAGUAUCCGGACUUUGCCAGCGCCCUGGACAAGGAUCAUGGCAUCGCCGUGAUGGCCUUCUUCUUCCAGGUUGGCAUCAAAUCAACUGGUGGCUAUGAGGGCUUCACCAACCUGCUCGCCCAGAUCGAUCGCAAAGGCAAGAGCGUAAACAUGACCAACCCACUGCCACUGGGCGAGUACAUCUCGCGGUCCGUGGAUAGCUACUUUAGCUACACUGGUUCGCUGACCACUCCACCUUGCAGUGAGGAAGUCACCUGGAUUGAUUUCACCACGCCCAUUGACAUUACGGAGAAGCAGUUGAACGCCUUUCGUCUGCUGACCGCCAACGAUGAUCAUCUGAAGAACAAUUUUCGACCCAUCCAGCCACUGAACGAUCGCACCUUGUACAAGAACUACAUAGAGAUUCCCAUUCACAACAUGGGCUCGAUUCCACUCGUCGAUGCGGAAAAUGCCGCUGGCAAGUGGAGGUCCCAGGCCGCAGCAGUGCUGUUGCCCCUUGUUGUCCUCGUCGCAUUGUCAAGGACCUUCGUUUUCAGGGGUUUUUAAUUAGAGUUCUGCGGUGGUAAAUCGAAGGUUAAAUCGUUAAAUGCCUAGCAAGCGCUUAGGCGUCCAAUUAAGCGCUGUAAUUUACAUUUUCCGCUCUUGUUCGCCGUCGCUGUUUGUUGUUCAAACACGAGUCCCGGUAAUUUCCGUCGGCAAGGACUCUCCUGCCAUCAGGACAUCCAUGCACAUUCACACACACACACAUAUACCCGUACAUAUAGAUAUAUAGAUAUAUAUGUAUAUCAGGGCAAGCAAACAGCGGACGGUGGGCGAAAUUAUUAAAACCAAAAUGGGCGGAGCUUCAGCUGGCACGGAACCCUUACUCAUCAAUUAUGCAGCACCUCGCACAGCGACUGUCAACCGAAUCGUACCCCGUAUUCCGUAUCCGUAUCCUUACCCGUACCCGUUUCCGUAUCCCCAUCCGUCCAAAGUGCGAGGGGAACCCCCUGGAUAUCCUCGCCAUUGCACAUUGUGAUUUUAAAUGCUUGGCACAAGCAGAGCUUUUUAUUCGUGUACCUUAGGCUUAAGUUUUGUAAACAUUAACGCGUAAUAAAAUGUAAUGUUUAAAUCAUU